UACCGGCCGAGUUGAUACGUCAUGAUUUGCAGAAAGUGACAUUAGCGUAUAAAUCUGAAAACAAAGCCGAUUAUUUUGCAGUUUAACGGUUAAAUAAACACAGAAACUAAGUUAGUAUGGAUCGUUUAUUAAGAUUGGGAGGCGGAAUGCCCGGUUUAAGUCAAGCACCUGCCCCAAAUGAUGCCCCUGUGGUGGAUACGGCUGAACAAGUGUAUAUUUCAUCCCUCGCGCUUCUAAAAAUGUUAAAACACGGCCGCGCCGGCGUCCCAAUGGAAGUUAUGGGCCUUAUGUUAGGUGAAUUCGUCGACGAUUACACAGUGAGGGUUAUAGAUGUGUUCGCUAUGCCGCAAACCGGUACCGGCGUCAGUGUGGAGGCCGUAGAUCCCGUUUUUCAGGCAAAAAUGCUGGAUAUGUUGAGACAAACCGGAAGGCCUGAAAUGGUCGUCGGUUGGUACCACUCUCAUCCCGGGUUCGGUUGUUGGUUGUCAGGGGUCGAUAUUAACACGCAACAAUCAUUUGAGGCUCUCUCUGAAAGGGCUGUGGCUGUCGUAGUCGAUCCCAUUCAGUCUGUUAAAGGGAAGGUUGUGAUUGACGCUUUUAGGCUGAUAAAUCCUAAUAUGAUGGUCUUGGGGCAGGAACCCAGACAGACCACAUCGAAUUUGGGGCACUUACAGAAACCUUCUGUGCAAGCCUUGAUUCAUGGAUUAAAUAGGCAUUACUACUCCAUAAGUAUUAACUACAGAAAGAAUGAGUUGGAGCAAAAAAUGCUGUUGAAUCUCCAUAAAAAAUCCUGGAUGGAUGGUUUAACUUUAGCUGACUACUCAGAGAACUGCAGUGUAAAUGAGAAAACAGUCGCUGAUAUGCUGGAAUUAGCUAAAAACUACAAUAAGGCUCUUGAAGAGGAAGAAAAAAUGACGCCAGAACAACUCGCGAUUAAAAAUGUGGGUAAACAAGAUCCCAAGAGGCAUUUAGAAGAGAAAGUCGAUGUACUUAUGACAAACAAUAUUGUACAAUGUCUGGGGGCUAUGCUUGAUACUGUGGUUUUUAAAUAAACUCAUUUUAUAUUAUUUUAUAUUCAUAUUUAAACCCUAAUUUGUAAUAUUUAUGUUUAUU